GAAGAGUGGUGGGAAGGAUACGAUGUUUCCAACAUCUUCACUCUCACUCUCACUCUCUUGCAAUCCCAAAACGCCAAAAUUGUUUUCGCCAUUCCAUUUUUUGGGUUUCGCCAACGAUUCCAGUUUCAGGCUUCAUUGCUCUCAGGAAAGAAGCCUAGCACCACCGGCAGUUGGAUUAGAUGAAAGCAUUGGGAGAAUAUUAAUCACAAAAGACCAUGUUUUGAGUGACAAUGCUCCAUUGCUUCAGCAAAAUGGCCUACCUCCUCUAGUCAGUGCACUGAAAGCCUCGGCUGAACAAAACGCUGCCAGUUUUCACUUUCCUGGACAUAACAGAGGGCGUGCCGCACCUGCUUCGUUGACUCGGCUCAUUGGAAGAAGACCAUAUGUUCAUGACUUGCCUGAGCUUCCAGAGCUUGACAAUCUCUUUUGUCCUCAGGGUCCCAUAUUAGAAGCACAAACUGAAGCAGCCAAACUGUUUGGAUCAUCACAGACAUGGUUUCUUGUUGGAGGUACUACUUGUGGGAUACAGGCAGCGAUAAUGGCAACUUGUUCUCCCGGAGAAUUUCUGAUUCUUCCAAGGAAUUCUCAUAUAUCAGCUAUUUCUGCUUUGGUGUUGUCUGGUGCAGUGCCCAAGUACAUCAUUCCUGACUAUGAGAAUGAUUGGGAUUUUGCUGGUGGUGUCACUCAAUUACAGGUAUUGAAAGCCAUCCAGGAAUUAGAAAUGGAAGGCAAAAAGACAGCAGCAGUCUUCAUCACUUCUCCUACUUAUCAUGGUAUUUGCAGUAACUUGAGCGAGAUUUCUGAGCUGUGUCAUUCUUGUAAAAUUCCUUUGAUUGUUGAUGAAGCUCAUGGCGCACAUUUUGGAUUUCAUUCUGAACUGCCUAACUCAGCCCUACAUCAAGGGGCUGAUCUGACUGUCCAGUCUACUCACAAAGUUCUAUGUUCUCUUACUCAGUCAUCUAUGCUGCACAUGUCUGGUAAUAUUGUAGAUAAGGAAAAAAUCUCUAGAUGUCUCCAAACUCUUCAAACCACAAGCCCUAGUUAUUUGCUUUUGGCAUCCCUGGAUGCUGCUAGAGCUCAACUUAGUGAAAGCACUGAUGUUGUAUUCAGUCAAGCAAUUGCGUUAGCCUGUGAAGCAAAGUGCACACUAAGACAAAUCCCUGGUAUAUCAGUGCUUGAGAAUUCAAGCUUUCCCACCUUUCCUGCAAUUGACCCAUUGCGCCUCACUGUAGGUUUUUGGAAGCUUGGUUUAUCAGGUUAUGAAGCAGAUGAAAUCUUGUACAGAGAUUAUGGAGUCGUCUGUGAACUUGUUGGGAAUAAAUCUAUUACUUAUGCAUUUAAUCUUGGAACUUCUAGGGUCCAUGUCCAAAGGCUUUUAUUGGGAAUAAAGCAUUUGGCUGCAACAUAUGCUUCCAUUCAGCAUCCUGAAGAGAGAGUGCUUAGUGUUCAUGCACCCUAUGAUGAUAUAAUCAUGAGUUUAAUCCCUAGAGAUGCCUUUUUUGCAAGUAAAAAGAAAGUAACGAUAAAGGAGAGCGUUGGUGAGGUGUCGGGGGAGCUUAUAUGUCCAUACCCUCCGGGUAUACCAGUAUUGAUCCCUGGCGAGGUUAUUACCAAAAAAGCUGUUGAUUAUCUUCUUCAUGUUAGGAGUAAAGGUGCUGAUAUUAGUGGAGCAUCUGAUCCUUUACUUUCUUCAAUUAUUGUUUGCAACGUAUAGUAAAUCGUCUGGGGGGUAGCACCUUGAAGUUAAAACUUCCCAAAUGGCCUUUGGUGUUUGAUGUUUGUGUCACGCUAUAAGGUUAUUUAUCAGUUGACAAAGAUUCACACAGCUGAAGAAAUUCUCAAGUAGUAAGCAAAUAUUUAUGGCCAAAACGUAUGUAAAUUUUUUUCUUCUCAUUUUAAUGCAUAAGAGUGAAAGAGUAGUACUAAUUUUUCGUC